AUUAUUGCUUUUGAAAAUCAAUACUUUGUUCAUUAUUAAAUGGCAAGACAUUGAACUUUUUAAGGAAAUUUCUGGACACCAGCCUCUCCCAUUGAAAGACAAAGAGUCUGCCUGUAUUGUCUCCAACAGUGAGACAAGGUGGUUUUAAAACCAUGAUCCUCACAAGGAUCAGAUCCCUAAAUGGUCCAGCUUGGGCACAGACAAAGGAUCGCAGUUUUGACUCUGCUGCCGAUUCACCGAUUGUAAACCAGACUUAAAUAAUUUCUUAAUUGUAAAUACGUUGAAUAGGUUAUGAACCUAUAAAACAUAAAGCUUUUUUCCUUUGGGAGUUAAAAUGCCUGAUGUUCUACAUAUAAUAGUUAAAUAAUAGUUAAUGUAAACAAGGGACUUGCGAAACGCGCUUUCGCCUUGCAAACGGUAGACAAUGUAACCUGUUGCAAUUUUUCAUAAAUCGUUACACAAUUCAUACAUUUACACAUGCAGGAGAGGGUAUUUUCGUUGUCGAUAUAAAAUUGAUCUAAAGUAGUAAAUUUAAAUUAAAUUAUUCUAACCAAGGAGAAUCCAUCCCCGAACAGAGUUUCUCCCUGUGACCAAAGUGUAAGCAAAUUUUCAUUAACUAAUGUCUGGUUUACAUCUUCGUAAGUGUCGUAACCAUUAUACCAAACACGUAGUGCAGCUAUUCGUAGGCUUUGGAGCCUAAACGUUUGUCUUUGCGGAAUGAUUGUGACCAUAUUUUCAUACUGUGCUGCCCCAGGAAAGACCGGGAAUGGUCAUGUAAGACAACGGCAAUAAACGACUGCAUCUCGUGCAGUCUGGGGUUGUUUGUUAUAUGCGUAUGCUUGACUCGUGAACAUGUCAAGGUGGCUGACGUGUAAAAUAUUUCUAUUUGUGAUUUUGUGUGGCAUGUGCAGUUAACAAUGACCGAUUUGAAUAAAAAAAAAUACAAAUUUACAACCAGACUAUUCCUCAUCGACAUCGGUAAAAAUGACUCGACAAUUAACGAUUAAAUAAAAACCAGGUUUAUGUAAUGCAAUGCAUAUGUCGAGACUGGAAGAGCUAGUUCUAGCUGAGAGCUUGUUUUAAAAGUUGCCGUCGUAGAAAGUUUGUCACGAAAAAAAUUAUAAUACUUGUCUGUAUAAAGUGGCUUUUGGGCAAGGGUGGUCAGGCCUAGAGUUUUCAUCAACCUCUUCUUCAGGCUCAGAGUUUUCAUUACCCUCGUUACCCUCUUUUUUGUAUUACUUUCCGUAUUUUGGAUCAUCAAAUUCCCGACGCGUUAAUUAUUUAGUGAUAUUCUUAGAUAUGAAUAGAAAAUGAAAAGUUAAUUUAAACGACGGCCAACGGUUGUUUUCAUAAUCCCCAAUAAGUAAUCCAGACACUUGCAAAGUCAAAGAUCUUUCGUGCAACUGGACUGGAAUAAUUCACAAAUUUUUAUUGCUAAUUAGCUAAUUUAUGGAUAUGCAUAUUGUCGGUGUUAAUUUGUUAUUUGUCCAGUGAGCCAGUGACUCCAGUCUCGCUUAGGUGCUCACACUAUAAACAUCUACAUAUAUUCUCGAAAGAUAAAACGUUUAGCAGACGAAACAUCGAAUCGUAUUAUAUUGGGUUUGUAUAACAAUUUGAGGUGUGUCUUCAAGACUUCAACCGCAGUCAGUCAGGUACAGGCUAAAUCCUGCGGGACAACAUGUUGAUCAAAAGUCCAAAGUCGGUGUUUUACUUAUGGUGUUUCGUGGCCUUACAUGCUGUGUUUGCUGAAUGCCAAUCAAACAGCGCAAAUCUCCCUUUUGAUACAGAUUCCGACGUUGAAAACCUAGCCAAAGGAGAUAUUCAUUACAAUCGCCUGGUUUGGGACCCGACUGGUCAUACAAUCACCGUGUUCAAUAUAUCUGGCACUUCACCUUUACACAUCGUUUUAAUUCGCAAGAAUGUUGGAAAUUGUGAAAUGUUUUUCCUACGAUUGAAAGGUGUUACAAAACCUCUCUCGUUUAUGACAUGUGUCGCAGAGUUGUCAGACACGAGUUUAGAAACGAAAUGCGAAUGGGUCAAUCAUACUAGAACACUAGAGAUGAACGAAGGUAAUAUCUACGGUAUGCCUAACGACUGUGGACCUUGGUAUCUGACAAUUUAUCUGCCAAAUACCUUCAACACAACAGCACUUUCCGUGGAAGUGUCUAGUCCAUACGAUCCUCUCGUAUUCAGGUGGUUUCGAGUGAUAACAAAUCUUGCUCUCCUGCCUGCCGUUAUCCUUGCUUUAAAACGACGUUUUUAUGCCCAAGCAAUUAUUUACGUUUUAACCACUGCAUUAUCAUUGAUGUAUCACUUGUGUGAAGCGGAGCUGCAUUGUUUUAAACAAUAUUCACGCCUUCACUUCAGCGACUAUUAUGUCUCUGAUUUCUCAAUAAUAGCAACAAUCUGGACAAUGACACGAAUGAAGCCACCGAUGAUUCAUCUUGUAUUUCUGACGAUUGCAAUCUUGCUACAGUUUGCCGUCACGGAAACGUUUAACUCAAACUACCACUUCUACAUAAAUCUUAUUUUGUCAGGACCAGCUUUGCUAUAUGUUUGUUUUCAAUAUAUUUCCCGAACAGUGAAAUACGGAAGAAUCUAUCCUAGUCCAAAAAGGUGGAUAUUCAACCUGCUUCCUGGUUAUUCACUGGCUAUGACUGGAGCUAUAAUCAAUUUGGUAAUUUCGGAACCAGAAAACUAUUACUAUGUUCACUGUAUCUGGCAUGUUACCAUCAUGCUCUCAGUUGCUUUCUUGUUACCUGUGCCUAUUGAAGAAGACCAAGAUGAACGUUGGUGGAUGGAUAAAUUGGGCGAAGACAGUUAUUCACCGCUAAAAUGAAGGGGUUAUCGAUAUAUGGUAGUUCGAGUCAGCAGCUGCUGGGUAUAGCAGAAUUCAAGUGUACUGUAGCUCACAGUAAUUAGCGAGAUCUAAACUCAAGGUUUAGAUCUAUUGAGCAUCUCAAUGAUCUCAUUGCAAAAUAGCUUAGGCAUCUGAUUGGUACUGUUCUUCCAAUGCUAAUGGUACAGGAAGUUAUAUUCUUGAUGUAUUCUUUUUGGUAUUUUAUGUUUUGUAUUAUUGAUCUUGUGAAGCAAAAGAGGGAACUGUGGGAUAAUUCUGGCGUGCGGAAAGAAAACCUCAUGUUACGUCCGAUUACUUACAUGAAAAGAAUUGAGAAGUGUAUACUAAAAAUACGAAAGUUAAAUACAAAACCUUUGAUACAAAACGGAAAGUAGAAAAAGAGAAAAGUUUAGGAUUAGACGAUUGGUUUUGAUUGGCUUUUGAUUGUUUUUGGUUGUUUUUAGCGCUGACGCCGUGUCGCGACUGGGCCACACUGGUCUGGGCCGAGAGUGUUUAUGAUAAAUCUUACGUCAUUGAUUUUGGCUGAUUUUGCAAAAUCCACGUUGGCAUUUUUGACGCUUGACACAAAACAUGGUCAACAAUUUAACUGAAACUGUGUUGUCACGUCCGGUGUAAACAAAACACCGCAUAUAAAUACUUCUAAAUAAUUGUAGCUCAUCAUGAAGCUACAGGUUCAAGAUAUCUUGAUCCACGAUGACUGUUAUUGCGAACAAGGGGCAAACUAAUUCUGAUAAAUAUGGGAAGGCAACGUCAGUCAACCUAGAAUGUGUGUUUUCCAAUAGUUUGGAAAGUUUUGUAAAGUUUUACAGAAGUAAUAUUUCUUUGCAAGAACGACGGCAACUUACGAUUGCUGCAUCGAAAGGAAGGCUAGACUAUAAAACGUCGACUGUGAUACGCGAGCAAGAAGAGGAGAUGUUAAAUAUUUUGGAAUUACCAUCAUCGUUGCAACUUUUGCUGUUAUCCUAUCUUGAUGUACACAGCUUAUGUCAAGUUUCCCAAACAUGUAAAUUGCUAAAUAAUGUGGCCAGUGAUCAUUUAUUAUGGGAGAAGAUUUUAAAACGAGAUUUAAGGACAUGGACACUACUUAAUUAUCAGUCAUAUCCUCAAAUAUUUCUUGAUGCUGGUGCAGAUCUGGAAACUAAACAAAUAUAUGCUAGAUGUUACUCUGGCAAUGAAAAAACGAAAAACUACAAACCUGCUGAUGAAUCAUUCUUGACAAAACUUUUAAAAUUUGCACCAUUUUAUCAAAAGACUCCUCCUAGAGUGCAAAUGUUUGGGCCAGGUUUAGAAGCAAGUACAAGUGGAUUAGUGCACAAGUUAUUAUGGAAUGAGAUUUCUCCAUUUUGUGUCCAGGACAUGUUUUCUGGAUUGGAGGAUGGAGUUGGCAGUGGAUUGUCCUUGAAGUAUAAUGAAUCUGAAAUUGUAAAUUUAAUAAUCACAUAUUCUUCCACAAAAAAAGAAAGAGAGGCAGCUGCCAAGGAUGGUUCCCCGGUCAAAAAUAAAAUGUUACUGGAUGAAGACGAUAAAUUAUUAGUGCACGAAGUUAAUCAUUCUGUUCGCCAGUUAUGCAAAACAAUUGAUGCGUUCAUUUUUGUUGUUGAUUCUUCAACCAGUAAAGAAAAAGUAUCUAAAAGUAAGGAUUUACUUCUUUCAAUGAUGGAUGAAAGAUGGACAAGUAAAAAAGCACCAUUAUUAGUAUUAUCCUGUGCUAAAGAUGCAGUGCUGGACAAAUCAAUGUUAACCUGUGUUGAUGUUGUUGAAGGACUUGAACUUAGCAAGAUGAACAGACAUUGGCAGGUUACCCAAGUUGUGGUUGAAACAUUAGAAGGCAUUCACACUGCAAUUAACUGGCUACUUAAAGAAUGUUCAAGUUAUUGAUACACAUGCUGGAGUAUAAUGAAAUUCAAGUGCCACGUUCAUGACAAUUUUUUGUGUACUAUGGUCUUUAACCCUUUAUAGAGCCUGGUUAUAAAAUAUAACAUUUCCGGUACGUGGUCAUUACUGUAAAUGCUUUGUCAGAAAGUAAUAUAAUAUAUGAACCAUGACUAGAAGCAAAAUUCAAGCAAUUUAUUGCCAUCUUCAUCUGUAGUAAAAUAUCAUGAACAUGAUCAUGGGAUAUAGAUAAUUAUGACAAAAAAAUUUGAUCUUGGCUAAAAUAUUAUCAAACACUUUGUUAUAAAUAAUGCAAGUAUUUAUA